AUGUCCCUGACGGGUGUCUCCUGGAAUCAUUAUUACUCCAUCAAUCGACUUCCGACGAGACAGGAAUCCGUUUCCGGGCUUUUCUCUCGCCAUCCUCAAUCACCUGCCUUUUACAAUCAGUCCGGGGUUGCUUUCCACUCUGGACCUCUAUAUCACUCUGAGUACGCCAACUGUUCUUUCAACAUGAACACCUUGUCGACCGAGGAGAUGGAGAAGUUCCAGGAACUCUCCAAUGAAUUUCAGGCCAACGUAGAGGGUCCCGCCGUUUCGACCAAACUAUCGAGUAGCAUAGUCGCUAUGGAAUAUGCCAACGCCGAUUCUGCCUUCAUCACGAAGACUGCAGCGCUCGCAGUAACACAUCCCUUGGUGCGCAUCAUGAAGGGGGACGGCAACUGUGGUUGGAGAGCGGUCGCCUUUGGAUACUUUGAGAACCUUCUCAAGUUACAGAAUCUAGUGCUCGCACAUGAAGAGUUGGCCCGCAUCAAGUCGCUCAAUGCUCUCCUGGAUCAAACUGGUCAACAAGAACAUCUUUACGAGAUCUUCGUGGACGCGACAGAAGGGGUCUUUCACCAGAUCAUCGAAGCUAUCCAGCACGGCAUCAUUGACGAUACGUUCCUGGUCGAGGCGUUCAACGAGGAAUACAAUGCCAGCGCCAUAAUCACCCAUUUUCGACUUCUCACGAGUGCUUGGAUGAAACUGAACGCCCUUCGCUACCAAGCUUUUCUGUCACUGCCGGUGGAGCAGUACUGCGCGACACGGAUAGACACAGUCAAAACGGAGAUCGACGAAGUCGGUCUGCAAGCGCUGGUGGACGGGGUGAUUGAUGCAUCCGGAUUCGCGGUGGAGAUCCUCUACUUGGACCGCAGCGACGGGGACGUCGUCACGCCCCAUCUUCUCACCCCGAGCCGGGUGACCGCGGCCACGAUCUGCUUGCUGUACCGCCCGGGCCACUACGACCUUCUCUACGCGGCCGAACCUACUGUGAAUAUGGAACCCGUGGUCAAUUACCAAUACGCAAUGACUUCUAACUACUCCCCCUGGGAUCAAGGUGCUCUCUCGUUCGACGUCAACUCCAGUCUAAUGUCGGUACCUAAUUUGAUGAUGGACCCGUCAUUUGCGCUUGCGCCUUCGCCCAUACCAUCGGCCUCCCCGAGUCCUUUUCGUGUUUCGCCGCCUCACGAGGUGUAUGCGCCGCCAAUCAUGCAUACCUCCCCACCCCCUCCGCCGAUGUCGCUAGCAUCGCCACCACCACCACCCCGAAUGUCAGCACCCCCGGCUCCCUUGUCUUCGUUACCUCGCAAAUCGGACGGCCCACAGAUCCGAUUGAACCCGCUGGUGAUGAAACCGAACUUGAGUCAUUCUCUUCCCGUGACGACUCCCUUUAAAAAUUCGCCUUACAAUCAAGCGCAUUUCCAGAACCAGGAUUUCGAGCCCAUCCACUGGGAGCCAUCCCGCCGUCACAAGUAG